GAAGUGAUCGGAAAAUGAGCAGAAUGCUGCCGAUCCUGCUGCAGUUGUUCCUCGGUGCGUCCUGCGCUCCUCCACGGUGCGACCCGGGAUAUCGAGGACUGUGCAAGCCAACAGUGGAAGAAAAACCCAAAUGCACAGAUCUGAUGCUGUCCUACUGCGAUGACAUGGCCUACACUCAGACCUUGUACCCAAACAGCCUCGGUCACAAGACUCGUAGUGAUGCUGAGGCCAGCACGGAGUACCUCCUUGUAAGUGUGAUCGAAUCGCUGCUCGGCGGAGAGUGCAACCCCGAGAUACGCAUGCUGGGCUGCUCGGUGUUGGCCCCGCGCUGCGAGAAGGCGAAGGUGCUGAAGCCGUGUCGCGUCACAUGUGAAGCGGUGCAAAAAAAAUGCGCUCACACUUUCGAGAGGAUAGAGAUGGCUUGGCCCUACUUCCUGGACUGCGAUCGCUUCUUUGUGAGUGACGAAGAGGGAUGCUAUAACCCACUGGAGGGCCUCACAGAACAGGACGUACAGGACACUGACCCCAUGGAAAAUCCUUCGUAUGAGCAGCCUGCUAACAUGAUACAGUUCACCUAUCACUCCAACAGUCAGAUGAUCAGUGUCUUAAAGGACACUGAGAAUCGCUGCUCUGACAUAGCCAGGACCUACAGCAUCGGCCGCAGUGUGGAGGGCAGGGAGCUGCUUGUCAUUGAGUUCUCAAACAACCCCGGAGAACAUGAACCUCUUGAGCCAGAGAUAAAGUACGUUGGCAACAUGCACGGAGAUGAAGUCCUGGGCCGCCAACUACUCAUCUACUUGGCUCAGUACUUGUGCUCAGAGUACCUCGAGGGGAACGAGCGCAUCCGGUCCCUCAUCAACACCACUCGCAUCCAUAUUCUGCCCUCCAUGAAUCCUGAUGGGUAUGAGUUGGCUGUCUCUGGGGUCAAUGACAACAACUAUGGUGGUGAUGAAGAGGAUCAGAGAUAUGAUUCUCGAAACAUUGGCCGAAACAACGCCCAAAACAUUGACCUGAACAGAAACUUCCCUGAUUUGACGUCCGUCAUUUACAGCAGACGCAGACAAAAGGGCUACCGCACUGACCACGUCCCAAUCCCAGAUUAUUACUGGUUUGGUAAGGUUGCACCGGAGACGUAUGCUGUCAUGAAGUGGAUCCGCUCCAUCCCGUUUGUGCUCUCGGCUAGCUUUCACGGUGGGGAUCUGGCGGUGUCUUACCCUUACGAUCUGUCCAAACACCCACUGGAACACAACAUGUUCUCGCCAACACCAGACGACAAGGUUUUCAAACUUAUUGCAAGAACGUAUGCAAAUGCCCACGAGACAAUGUCCAAUGAAAAUGCACGGUGUCGUACUAGCAGCCAGAGAGGGAUUGUCAAUGGAGCACAGAGGUCCAGCUUUGCAGGCGGUAUGCAAGACUUCAACUAUCUUCACAGCAACUGUUUUGAGGUGAGCGUGGAGCUGGGUUGUGAUAAAUUCCCCCCCGAGGAGGAGCUGUCUAUCGGCUGGCAUCAAAACGGCGAAGCUUUGAUCACAUUCAUGGAGGCAGUCCAUCGUGGUAUCAAAGGCAUCGUAAAGGAUAAGCAGGGCUAUGGGAUAAAAGGCGCCCGGGUAUCAGUCAGAGGGUUACGGCACGACAUUACCACAGCUGAAAAUGGAGACUACUGGCGCCUCCUCACCCCUGGCAUUCACAUCGUCAGCGCCUCUGCCCCGGGCUACACCAGAGUCACGAAGAAAGUCCACCUCCCUGCUCGCAUGCCCACAGCAGGCCGGGUGGACUUCGUGUUGCAGAAGGCUCCUUUAGACUCUGGCACGCAGGAGGAAGAUCUCAACAUCCCGUCCAUGGGCACUUAUGACCGAUUUGACCCUUACAACCAGUAUGAGCGCUACACCCUGAUGAAUUCUUUAAACCAGAACCGUGAGGAGAGAGCAGAGAAGCCCUGGUGGUGGAACUACUUUGCGUCGCCAGGAGGACCUGCCCCCACCUGGCUGCUUAAACUCUAGUAGAGCUUUAAUAACAGAGGCAACAAUAUAAAGUUUCUCUUUACACAGCAUACAGACCAACUGAAGCUAUAAUCCAAUGACUAAGCUGCUUUUUAUUGGCAAGUUUUAUCCAUAUAUGCUCAGUUUGCUCAAACUUGAGUUAUAAUGUAAGCACCUUACACACAGCUUGUGCCUUGACAGUUACAUAUCUUCAAUUAAUGACUAUUAUUAUUGAAUAAAAUGUUGUAAAAGACUUACAUUUGUAAAUUUAUAGCAAUGUUUUUGUAGAAGUACUGAUUUUUUUUUUAAUGCCAAGAAUUAUUGUUGAUUUAUGUAGUCGUGGUUCAUUUAUAAGGUUUUUUUUUUUUUUAGGAGGAAAUGAAACCAAGUGGCCACUAGGGGGCAGGCUGAACCAAUAUCUGACUAAGUUGCUCCAAACUGUGGAGUCUCAAUAUUCCUCCACACAGUGUAGGGAAAAAAAUACUACUGUGGAGGAUGAUUAAUUGUGUUGCAUUUAUUUCUGCCAUUAGUGAGAAAAAGUACUGAUUUAAAGAAGAAGAAAAAACAAACUUUUGAGAACAUUAAGGUAAUUUAUGAUAGUUAUUAUACAGAUUACAUGCAUUGUAAAUGUGAAUUAAAUGCAAAACCACCAAUAAUAUACAGUGCUGUGCAAUAGCAAAAGUCUCAAGCAGUAACUGUUUACACCUAUUUCUUCUAGUCUUUUAAGAGGAUAGUUUUAAAACUAAACUAUCAUGCAACCUGUGGUGCCCAGUCUUUUUUUUUUAUUGCAUGAUCCCAUAAAAUAAAGCAUUGUCUAUCUGCAAACCUCAA